CUGGGGGGGGUGGGAGGGGGGGGAGCGAGAGUGAGUGAGUGGCUGAGUGAGUUUAUCCCUAUGAGGCGGUGAGAGGCCCGGGGCCUACCUCAAAGGAGUGGGGUCGCGGCGCCAGCUAGCAGCGGGCCCCCUCCCGGUCCCCGGGCCCGGCGGCGCGGCGGCGGCUCGGUUUUGAGGAGGCGGAGAAGCGGGUGUUCGGCCCCAGCCAUGGAGGGCAUGGACGUAGACCUGGACCCCGAGCUAAUGCAGAAGUUCAGCUGCUUGGGCACCACCGACAAGGACGUGCUCAUCUCCGAGUUCCAGCGGCUGCUCGGCUUCCAGCUCAACCCUGCCGGCUGCGCCUUCUUCCUGGACAUGACCAACUGGAACCUACAAGCAGCAAUUGGCGCCUAUUAUGACUUUGAGAGCCCAAACAUCAGUGUGCCCUCUAUGUCGUUUGUUGAAGAUGUCACCAUAGGAGAAGGGGAGUCGAUACCUCCUGAUACUCAGUUUAUAAAGACAUGGCGGAUCCAGAAUUCCGGGGCAGAGGCCUGGCCUCCAGGGGUUUGUCUUAAAUAUGUCGGGGGAGACCAAUUUGGACAUGUGAACAUGGUGAUGGUGAGAUCGCUAGAGCCCCAAGAGAUUGCAGAUGUCAGCGUCCAGAUGUGCAGCCCCAGCAGAGCAGGAAUGUAUCAGGGACAGUGGCGGAUGUGCACUGCUACAGGACUCUACUAUGGAGAUGUCAUCUGGGUGAUUCUCAGUGUGGAGGUGGGUGGACUUUUAGGAGUAACGCAGCAGCUGUCAUCUUUUGAAACGGAGUUCAACACACAGCCACAUCGCAAGGUAGAAGGAAACUUCAACCCGUUUGCCUCUCCCCAAAAGAACCGACAAUCAGAUGAAAACAACUUAAAAGACCCUGGGGGUUCCGGGUUCGACUCGAUCAGCAAAAACACAUGGGCUCCUGCUCCUGACCAAACCGAGCAAGAUGAGAAUAGACUCUCACAGAACUCUGUAAAUCUGUCCCCCAGCAGUCACGCAAACAACUUAUCAGUAGUGACUUACAGUAAGGGGCUCCACGGGCCUUACCCCUUCGGCCAGUCUUAAACGGGCAUCGGCAAGAAGAAAAAUUAACAAAAGACAGAAGGCCUGACUUUGGGGUGGGGGGGGAGGGCAGGGGGUUCCUCUGGAUUGCAGACCACACCGCAUGGACCCCUGGCUCUGACCAUCCCCCCAUCCUGGAAGAAGAAAAAGAAGCAGAACAGACUAGUUUUGAGUAAACUCAGUAUGCAUGUGUGAGUGCUGAAUCGCGGAAUGGUGUUGAGGCUACUAAGAAGAAACCCAUGCAGCCGCCUUGGGUUUUGUGUAUUAGGCGUCAGUCUAACAAGUCAUUAGGUCACUCGGGAAGGAAAAAAAAGUUUCAAAUGGGGGAAAAAAGCCAUCUUUUUAAACAAAAAUUAUUUUGCCUACAGACAGGUUGUAGUUUUGAGCACAUGUUAAUUUUUUCCCCUUUCCCCACUUUGUUUUUUUUUCUUUCGAUAAGGGAUAACAUACCCUUUCUAGAAUAGCUGCUUGCUCUGGAGGCGAUUCAGGUUACCAGCUGGUGUGUCAUGUUGGGAGACCCUGCAGGCCCAUGCUGCAGGAGGGCAGCAUGUGCUGCCCGGCUCCAGCAGUCUCGGACCCCAUUUGUCUGUAAUGGCAUCAGCCAAUGAGUUAUCACCCUUUUCCUCCUUUUCUCUUUAAUCUUCUGUUGAUUUACACCUUGGACAUUUGUAUCUGUCAACCCCUGUGGCUUGCUACCAUCAGAACCUCUCUGAAGACCCAACUUCCCUGUGUGGCCAGCAGAGGAAGCCUUGAAGACAGAUCUUGGGCGACAUGGAAGUUUCUGAGGCCGAGAGGUGUCCUUCUGCACACACUUACGACAACUCAGAUUGCUUUUCUUCCGUGUUUCUCUUGGCAGAGAGGAAUGCCAUCACGCUUACUGCUCUUUUGGAUUCUUCAUACACAGCGGCUCCCCAUUCACUCUGGGAACAGUGCCUCUGGGCUGCGUAACAUGUGUGUGCCACGUGCUCGCACAUGGGUGUUGGUGCAGCUCACCAGCAAGUGUGCAGCGGGCAGGUGGAAAGGUGUCCAGGCUUCUCUGUUAUGACACAACUCCCUUCCCUGUGUUUCCCGCCCCUUGUCCUUUGCGGUAUUUUCACAGCCUGUUAGUGGAGGCUGAGCUGUUAAGGUAUGGAAAUACAGCCCCAAGCAGGAAGUUGGCCCUGGGGAGGGGCCGCAGUUACUGACUGUGAUUUUGGAGACUGCAGUGUGAUGAAAUGAGAUCCCCCCCGACCCUGAGCAGGAUGCUUGGCUAGUGGGCGGCAGUGGGCGAGGGGCAGCCCAGCUGGAGCAGACGCUGCUUGGCUGGCUGCCCGCUUGGGCACGUGGCCCCACCAGCAUCCUGUGGAUUGCAAGCAGGUUGAGCUGUGGACCUCUCUAUGGGAAGCUUGAAUCAGGCUAGAACAGCUGUCUGCCAAAGAUACAAGAAUAUGCAAAGUCCCUCUUCUCUUUUCUUCUCACCCCCUCCUUCCCUUGAGUCUUGGUUGGUUUGCUAGCCGGGGAUGUGGAUCUAGGGUGCGGUUGCCAGGUCACCGGCCUGUUCCCACACCUCCACCAUCUCGGGGGUGUGAGACCAGCAGGGAGGCCAGGUGAUGAGCGGCUGCAAGGGGUCAUAUAGCCUGGGUGUGGGUGAGGGUCUGCCUGCCUGUCUGUCUCUGUCUGGGUGUCUGAGUUCCAAAAAUGUGUGUUGUUUGUUCCUCCUCAUCCUCUUCUGAGACUGUUGUUUUUUAAAGCUUGAUUGUGGGAGAAAAGCUUGUAUGAAAUUCCUCCUUCACCUCCCCACCUCUCAAAAAACAAAGGGGGAAACACUUUGGUGCACUGGAAA